AAAAAGGAGUGGUCUAAAUUUCAAACAUCAUCACCUUCCACCUCUCGCAACAUGGUGGUUGUGACUGUUAACUCCACUGCAUUAUCUUCUUCACACACCCCCCAUCUCCACACCACAUCCCACAAGCCCUCUUCAUUUUCUCUUCUCAAUUCCCUCCAAAUCUACACCAACCCAACAAAGCCGACCCGGUCCAGACCUCCAUACUCCAAUGGGGCCUUAUCCAUCAGGUCGUACAUGGAGGAUAACAACUCUUUGUCCAGUUUAGCCAACCGGGUCAUCGGUUCUCUCCCUAUUAUCGGCCUGGCAGCCAGAAUUUUCAAUGACGAAGGUGGCCUCGGCGGCGACAUCAUCGAUUUCGCCGAGUUCCGGAGGCGGGUCGGGAAGAAAUGUAGUAUAAACGAUUCGCGAGCCUUCUAUGAGUUCCAAGAUCGGCGAGGCAGGGCAGGAGAUCCUUUGUAUGUCCUACUAUGUUGUUGGUUAGCAGCAGUGGGUGCUGGUCUGCUCAAAUCUGAGGAAAUUUUGGAGGGGGUGGCGAGACUUAGAAUCUCAAAUGACAUUGAGUUCGAGGAACAGAAUUUUAUUGCCAUUAUGAAUGAGGCCAGAGAGAGGCGGUCAAAACUAAGGGCUGCUACCCCUACCAUCCCCAUGGAGAUUCGAGCAGAGAAAGCUCUUGAAGCUAUUUAUGUCUGUUGCUUUGGAAAGGACCCUAUAGAGGAAGAAGAUGAAAGACUACUGCAAAUCAUACUACUUGCUGUUUUCCCAUCAGUUCAGAAGCCAGAGAUAGAAAGGAUCGUCAAAGACAAAUCAAAGAAAGUAGCAGAGGGUGGUGAAGACAACAAUUAUCCUGAGCCAAAAGCCUUAUCUAAAGAGGCAGUACAACUGCAAAUGAAAGACCUUCAAUUUCUUAAACAAAAUAGUGAGACUUAACAAGGUGAUCCCUUUUACAUUUUGCCCUGUACAAAUAAAUGCUCUGUUCAGAGAGUUGAUGGCAAUCACCUGUGUUUUGUUUCUUAAGCUGUGAAUGGUACCACUAACUGUAACGUGAAAAAGUACCAAACACACCCAAGUUUCUGACUAAUCACCUACUCAGCAAAAUUGAUACUUUGCAGGAAACAAAUCCCAUCCUUCCAGAAACUAAUCCUCAUUCAGGGUGAAACAGAAAGUUGUCUUUUUCUUUAUCUUAUUUUGGUUGGAAACCUGUAAUGGAAUUACUGAUAUUGGACCUA